UCCCGCACCCAUAUCAUCGAUGCGCUUCUCAGUCUCAUGAACAACAAAGAGAUCGAGAAAGGCGAUAACAUCAUCAUCUACUAUGCCGGUCAUGGCUCCUCAUAUGAAUAUUCAGGUCACCUUAAUGCCAAGAAACCAGACGAUGGAGCAGAAAUCAGUUUUGGAAGUGUCGGAUGCAUUGAAGCACUUUGUCCUAUCAAUCGGGACACCUGUGAUGCGAACGGUAACACUGUUCCCGACAUUAGUGACAGGGAACUGAACAUGAUCCUAACUUUAAUCUCCCGAUCGAAGGGUCACCACAUCACCGUCAUUCUCGACUGUUGUCAUUCUGGUGGUGUUAGCCGA